GCUGAUAACUGUUGGGUGCUCUCGGACGCCGUGAGCUCUUCAGACACUAGAAGAACGUUAAGAACUUCCUGUCUCCCUUGUCGCUCCAAAAAUGGCGGAUAGUUGUGCCCAAAUACUGUUGGGAUCAGGGCUCACCGUCCUCUCCCAUCCUCUGAUGUACAUUAAAGUCCUGAUUCAGGUAGGACAUGAGCCGCUGCCUCCCACCCUUGGCACAAACCUGUUUGGCAGACAGGUGUACCAGCUGCCUGGACUGUUUGCUUAUGCAAAACACAUCAUCAAAAUUGAUGGAAGAGCAGGUCUCUUUAAAGGACUCGUUCCAAGACUCUGUGCUGGGACCAUCGGUACCGUUGUGCACGGUCAAGUUGUGCAGAAAUGUCAGGACCAAGGCAUACCUCAGAUACUGAGCAGCCAGCCGAAGGCUUUGGAGGGCUCCCUACAGCAUGUUGUCAAUGAGACAACCAAAGAGAUGAUUGCUCGUUCCUGUGCCACCAUCGUCACACAUCCCUUUCAUGUGCUUACUUUGCGAUGUAUGGUGCAGUUUAUUGGGAGAGAAACAAAAUACAGUGGGGUGUUUGACUCCAUCAUCACAGUCUACAGAGAAGAAGGCAUAAUGGGCUUCUUUGCUGGCUUGAUUCCUCGCCUGCUUGGUGAUGUGCUUUCCCUGUGGAUUUGUAAUCUGCUGGCUCACCUCAUCAAUACGUACGCUAUUGAUGACUCGAUGAGUCACGCAGGAGAAGUCAGGAGCUGCUCUCAGGCUGGGUCAGGGUUCUUUGCCAGUAUGCUCACAUACCCUUUUGUUUUGGUGUCAAACCUCAUGGCUGUCAAUAACUGCGGGCUUGCUGGAGGCCUACCUCCCUAUGCAUCAGUAUAUCCCACCUGGGUGGACUGCUGGAGGCAUCUAAGCAGAGAGGGCAACAUGUGCAGAGGCAACAGUUUAUUUUUCCGGAAGCUUCCAGCAGGAAAGAUGUAUGCUGUUGGCCAGAAGAGAUUUUUUUAAAGCCUUGAGAAAACUGAGCUGACCUUAAUUGUGGUAAUAAAACAAAACAAAAACAAAAAAAGGGCAUGAUCUGGAGUUUGGACAGUCAGCAUUUAAUCUUUUUUGUAUGUACUUGUUUACUAUGAAACAGUUUUCCUUCAACAACUUGCUGUCAUGGAAUUAAAACAUUAGUUUCAAGCAGGUUGUGUUUUACUAACAAAUGUACUGAAUAAACUGCAGGCUCCAGAAACCAUGAGAUGAAACGAUGCGUUUCUCUUUUUAAACCCACAUGUACAAAAGCUGAUGGGAGGACAGGUCGUGCUGGCAGCAGCGUGUCUGCUCCUCCAUGCUUUUAUCUAUGGAUCAGUGACUCCCUUUCAUCCAUGUGAUGGGAUGUUUGUAGAAAACAGCGCCUCAGUCUGCAUGUGUUCAUGUUUUAAUAAUUCACACAAUGAUCAUGUGGGACUUCUUGUCAUGUGGUAUUGUCUUGAUGUGUUGAUUAUUGUGAAGCACACUACUAAAAGGAGGGAACAGAGUGGUGGUUAUGCAGAGCAUGUAUGGAUGAACAGAGGCAUGGAGAGGAGCCUGAGCUGACCAAAAUCUCUCUGAGGAGAGCGCUUACAUCAACUCACUCUGACUGACCCAAAUAAAAACUGCUUUUUUUGGACCUUG